CCGGGCAGCCCGAGAAUCGUUCUUGGAACCUGACCUUUAUUGGCUGUGCUCACAAUGGAAUCCGUUAAGCGCGGUAGCGAGACUCCUGGGGCAGGCGGUUCGGCGCCGCAAUUUUCAAGAACGGUUUCUUAUAUAUGCGGAGAAUGCCGAGCAGAAAAUGAGAUCAGACCGCGUGAAUUAGUUCGAUGUUUAGAAUGUGGGCAUCGUGUUUUGUACAAGAAGCGUUCGAAACGAAGACCCGUCGUCGCUUCAGUGGUGGUCCCGACUGGAUUCGCUCAUGGUUCACUAAGCCUGCGUGACUCAGGCACUGGCAACCGCAUGUGCUUUAGCACCACACACUCGAUAUCUUUGGAGUACAACCCAUCGGCGCCUGUCGCUUCUUUUCUGCAUGCACGAGGGCUUUCUCUUGCACAACGGCCCUGGUGUUCAGAUCGCGCCAUGCACGACGAUCAACUGCUUUCGAUUCCCAUCACUUGCCAACAGACAAAGAGCCAUCCAGAAUCAUGGAAAUCAAAUGAGCGUUUUUGAAGCACGGUGAUUCCACGGACUUGGUAUGGAGCCCUUGUAAGCAAUAUAAAUCUUCUACUUCCGCACAACCUGGUGACCUCGCCCGCGCUUCCCGGAUCGCUCCCACCAGCCUAUUCGAACGAUUUGGAGUUUUUAACUGUUUGUGUAAAUAUAAAUCAGACUCAUUC